AUGGCUAAUUUCACACAGGGAAGUCUCUCCAUUGAAGAAUAUUUUCUUGGUUUUCAAAAUCUUUGGACUGAUUAUUCAAAUAUUGUUUAUGCUAAUGUUACCGCUGCCGCUCUCUCUGGUGUUCAAGCAGUGCAUGAAACAAGCAAGAGAGAUCAAUUCUUGAUGAAGCUCCGUUCUGAUUUUGAAACUGCACGUUCUAAUCUGAUGAAUCAUCAUCCUGUACCAUCUCUGGAUGCCUGUUUGAGUGAACUUCUUCGUGAGGAGCAGCGUAUCGUAACUCAGGCUGCCAUGGAACAUCGGGCUAAUGUUAGUGCACCUGUUUCUGUGGCUUAUGCAGCACAAGGGAGGAAUAAGGGUAGAGACAUGCGUGAUGUCCAGUGUUUUAGUUGUAAAUCUUUUGGUCACAUUGCUCGGGAUUGCCCCAAGAAGUUCUGUAACUACUGCAAGAAACAAGGUCAUAUCAUCUCUGAUUGUCCCAUUCAACCUGAAAGGAAGCAGGGUAUUGCUUAUCAUGCCUGCACUGGUGCCUCUAGUUUUGCUGCAUUGCCUGCUGCCUUACCGGUUGUUCCUAUUCCUGCUCCUACAGCCUUAGCAAACCCGAACACACACACACACUUCUGAAAUGGUACAACAGAUGAUCAUUUCUGCUUUUGAGCUCUCAGGUAAUUAUAAUGUUUCUUCUAAGCCAUGGUAUUUUGACCCCGGAGCCUCUAACCAUAUGACCAAUAUUGUUGUUCCUCUUUCCAAUAUAAGAAAUUAUGAUGGAAAUCUGAAAAUUAAUACCGCUUAUGGUAGU